AAAGAGGAAGAAGCAGCAAAUACAAGUCAUAGCGCUUUGACUGUGUUUCACGUCAGGGACCAUGAGACUACAGACCCUUUUUAUUAUUUUCUUUCAAGUACAAGGUGUAAAAACAGCUGCAGUACCUAAAUCAUUUCGGGAAGUCUCUGGAUACCUUGGAGAAAACAUCACAUUGCCCUCAGGAGCCGACCCAUCAUGGAAUCUCCUUAGAAUUGAAUGGUCAAUAUUCACCAACACCACUUGGAUUGCCACUUAUAACAAUGGGGAAAAGAACACCAGAUAUAUUCCUCAGUACGCAGGGAGACUCACUCUUAGUGAAACAUCAGGUGAUCUAACUAUUCACCACCUGAAGGAAAAUGAUGCUAUGGAAUACACUGUAAACCUCCUCAAUAGGUUAGGUGAUGAUGGAGUAAAUAAAAUUAAACUCACGGCAAAACAAAAGCUCAAGCAGCCAUCCAUCCCGAUAGUCACAAGCACAUCUGUCGAAAGUGGCUGUUUAAUGGUGGUGACCUGCUCUUCUCAGGAUGAGGGUGUUAACCUCUCCUGGAGUGUUGAACCAGUCAGUGUGCUCACCAUCAACAAGAGUAAUCCCAGUGACAGCUCUGCACAGCUUUUUGCAUUUGUCAACACCAAAGAGAACUCUACUUUUACCUGCAUCUCCAGCAGAGAUACAGAGAGUGUUUCAUCCAAACCUGUCACACCAAAGUGUGAUAGUAAGAUCUGUGUUUCAAACUGUACAAUUCCAUGUUCUCCUGUGACAGUGACACAAUGGUGGCCUUUCAUUUUGUUCAUCGCCCUUGUUGUAAUAGGUUGUUUAUUUUACCGUUAUGCAGUGAAAUCCCACAACCUGCGGGAUGAUUUGUUAGAAAUGACUCAGACUUGUGUUGCUUGGCUACAGAGAAGACGGAAAGAAUACAUUGUGUCAGCACAAAAAAGGAGAAAGGAGGAGGAAAAGACUGCACAAGUACAGGAAGAACAAGCACUAACACCGAGCGAGGAAGAGAAGAGAAAUCAGAAUGAAGACAGCAAUGAGAGAGCAAGCGAGGAAAAAGAAACAAAAAACCUUGGUACUGCUGUGUAUGCUAAUGACUGUACUCUAAAGCCUCAUGAAUGUCACAACAGCCUCACCGAGAAUGCCUGAACAAUUGCAAAAACACAGACUGAAGAAACCCACCACAUUCAGAAAGAAAAAUCUACAGAAGAUGGACACAGUUUAAUGAACAGAUCUGGUACCUGACUAAGAGAGUUGAAAAAAAAAUCUGGUGUCAUAACUCAGACUGACCAAAAUAUGCACAGCAAUCAUAUUACAACAAUUAUACAAAUACAACAUCAAAAAAAGGCAUUUUUUCCAGUGUUAUCAAAGCAACAUACUUAAUAUGGUAACCAUGUUGC